CACAUUUGCGCAGCAUAUCUGAAUACACUAUAUCUGGCGAAACAACCGCACGCCACCAGCAAGACCCUCGAGCGACGCGAGCGCGCCAUCGCUCGCAGCCGUCAAAAUGCCCAAAUUCUUUUGCGACUACUGCGAUGUCUACCUCACGCACGACUCCAUGAGCGUGCGAAAAGCGCACAACAGCGGUCGAAACCAUCUUCGAAAUGUAGUCGAUUACUAUCAACAAAUUGGACACGAGAAAGCGCAGGCAGUAAUAGACGGCAUCACAAGCAGUUACGCGGCAGAAGGACAGAGCAUGCCUAUGCCAAAUCCACAGCUACCAGGCCAAGGUCCGCCAGGCUUCUCUGGUCCUCUACCGCCAGGAAUGCCACCAGGAUUCCCUCCCAUCCCGGGUCAGAUGCCUCCAGGUAUGCCACCUCUUCCACCAGGAUUUCCUCCUAUGCCCCCAGGCGGACGAGGAAUGCCGCCGCUACCACCUGGCUUUCCGGCUCCACCUGGUGGCUUCCCGCCUGGAUUCAAUCCUCAAGGUGGAAUGCCUCCAUUCCCGGGCAAUGCAAACUCUCCGCACGGAAACAUGCCAUUCUCGCCGCCUGUUGGGAUGCCACCCAAUAUGCCUCCGAACUUUCAAGCCGGCGGACCCAACUCUGGGCCAGGUCAAGGUCAGGGCAUGAGCCCGCCGCCUGGUGUUCGAGGUCCUCCGGCUGGUCCGCCAGGAAUGCAAAAUGGAAGAUAGUGAUGAUUUUCGGGGGCGUAAUAUCGUCACAGAAC